AUGUGUUUGUAUAGACCAAAAUCAUCGGGAAUUAUACUUCAACAGUUUAAUGAGCAAUUAAAACGGAGGUUCGAAAAAGAACAAAAUGAAACGUAAGCGUUCGAUUAUUUAUGUAUUUAAUUAAAUGUAUUAAUUAAAAAUUAUGAAUACUUUAGAGAGGUUGAGUUUCCUUUAAACAACAAUGAUAACGCCAACCAAGAUGCUUUCGGUACUACGCACAGAAUGAUAACGGACAACGGUUUUAAAAAAUGUGCUGGUGGCUUGUUAAACAAAGGGCUUAGGUAAGUACACAUUCGCUAUAAAAUGUUUAUUAUUAAUUUAAUUAACAAUAUUUACCUACUGAUAUAUUUAAAAUAAUAAAACGACAAAAUUACCUACAAAACCAUAUUACUCUUAUACGAGCAAUAUUAGUAUCUAUAAGUAGUAAUAUCUAUAGCUUAUUAACAAAAUCAACGUUUACUGUUUAGUAUGCAAAAACUAUAAUUAUGUAGUUUAAUUAUUCUAGUUUAUAUAAUGUGGUUUAAAUUUUAAAUACCUAGACGUGGAACCGUGGUAUAUGAAUGGUUACUACUUACUGUCAUAUUUUGGAUAUAUUUUUUUUAGAAAUACGAAUACCUAUUGUGCUUACAUCAAUGUGUGCUUAUUUUUUGUGUCUAUGAGCGACUUUCUUAUCAGAAAUAUAGCUCCUAUUUUAAAAUAACAAGAAACUUUUGUUUCUCCCAGAGUGUUACAAAGAACCUUCGGUUAUUUAAGUGUUUAAAUUAUUUUCAUAAAUUUGUAAUCUCUUGUCAUCCGAUAUACUUUAGAACAUAGUAAGUCAUAGUUAAUCUAUCAUAUGCAGUCAAUAAGUCAAUAAAUGAUAUCUCGGUAAUCUUUUUCUCUUCGAACCCGGUUUAAUACCGGCCCUGUGCAUGAUUUCACCGGACGGAAUCCUACUUGUUCCUUUAUGAGAUUGUCGUCGAUAAUAGUCUAUUUAUGAGAAUUCUUUCAUAUAAAUUUAUAUUUUUGACAUAAUAGAGAGACUGGUCAAUAACUAUAGAUGAAGUACUAUGUUCCUCCCUGGUUUUAACAGAGCUAUUACUUUUGCAUUUCUCCAGAUCUUAGGGAUCUUUAAAAUAACACUUAUAUUAUUGAAAAGAUUUAACAGCCAUAGUUUUGUGGUCCUACCAAAAUGUUUAAUUACCAUAAUUAUGAUCGUAUUUCUAAGUUCGUGCGUUUCGUUGUUGUCCGUCUGUAUAAUCCUCCUUCGUAAAAGCUUCGUAGUCCUUGUUACUGGUUCGAAUGCGGUUACCGCAUCAUCUAGGUCUUUCGCGAAGGUGUUCCAGCCUACUUUUUUAAAGUUAAAUCUCCUCGAAAAUGGAGUGUCGCAUGGUUUGAUUACUGCCGUAACUUUGCACAGUAUAGAUCAGUGCUGCAUGUGAGGUAAAGGUCUUCAGAUUUUCUUGGUACAUUGGGGAACUAUUGUAUAACUUACAAUUAUUAAAUCAGGAUUAUAGCCUUCUUUUCCUGUACCACUGUUGAAUGAUAGUGGAAAUUUUGGAUCAUGGAUUAAUGUUAGCCUAUUGUACUCUGAUCAAACCUCAACUUGAUGGCCAUAAUUAUAUAUUUCAUCGUAACCCCAGUUGGUAUGGUAGCUAUAUAAUGUGUAUAUUUCUAGUGACGAAAUUAUCUGAUUUCUCGAAUGCAAAUGUUGAUUUAAGCGAUUUGCAAAUAGAGGUCACAGUGCAUUUAAACUUCUUCAGUAAAGAUCUCGAUGUCAUAUAUUUCUGUAUUUUUAUAGAGGUAACCUCAAUUAAGGUUCGAAAAAAUAUAGCAUUUUCAUACUUUCUAUAUCGUCAAAUUGCAACGAGCUUCACCCCAUUGAUUUUUGGAAUAUUUAUAUCUUCACUUCUGUGUGUUUCUUGCACACAUAGUACAUUACAUGAGUUUUCUUUACAUUAGUCAGCAAGCAGUACUUCUUUAUUUUAAUUUAUUCCUUCGAUAGUGCAUAAGGCGAUAGUCAGUGCUAGCCCUGAAAAAGACCGUUUUGUAUCUAGUUUUGUAGAGAUCAUAUGUGCCAGAGUUCGAAAAAAUUAGCUGUUAAGAUCGUUGCCUGGGUUGCAUUACGUAAAGGAUUUCGUCCAUGUACACUAUUAAACUAAAUUAAUAUACUUAUUGAAAUUUUUUUUUAAACAAAGUAUACCGGCCAAAUAUUAAUAAUAUAAUAUUAUCUGAACAAUUUUAAGAUUAACUAAAUCUGCAAAGUGUGGAAUGUACGAUCAUCAAAUAUUAAAAAGUUUAAUGAAUGAUGCACUAAAACCACCGAAUGAUAAAGAUAAUAUACAAACUAUGGAAGAUAGUAAUUAUAGUAUUAUUUUUUUCAUAAUACUACUUUACCUAAUUAAUUAUGCACAAUUAUCGUAUAGUUAAAGUGAAAUUAUUAAAAAAGAUGGGAAUAAAUGAAAAAUAUAAAAAUGAAGAUAGAAGUUGGUUGUCUAAGUAUUUGCCAAAAACGCAAAGUGAACUACCGCCACGCUCUAUGAAUGUAAGUGUUAAUGGUUUGUUUAUUUUCCAUUAAAAAAAUCUAAAGAAUUAUAAUUUAUUAACAAUUAAUUGUAUAAUAUUCAUUUUCAAAAAAUAUAAAGGAUAGUUAUGAUAUAGCAAUAGUUCCUUUGAGCACUGAUUUGGUACUACAAAAUAAAUACACGACUACACUAAAGAGUUUACGAAUGGGGCGUCUUCUAGAAGACAUGGAUAAUUUUGCCGGUAAACAGAAAGUAAUAAAUAAUUUUUAUAAUCAGUUACUUAUUUUUUUUUUUCUAAGUUUGGGUUGUUAUGAAGCAUAUUCAUAAUCCAAAACAGCCAGAUGAUAUUCCUACACCAUAUGUUAUUGUAACAUUAUUGGUAGACGAUGUAAUCAUCAAUCCAAUUCAAUUUGUAAGUUAACUUAAUUAGUUUAAAUUUAAAAAAAAAAUACGUAUUUAUUCAAAUUUGUAUUAUAGUCUGAUAGAGAUUUAAUAUUAAGUGGGCAAGUAACAUAUGCUGGCAAAACUUCAUUAGAAGUCACUUUAUGGUUGGAUCAAAAAAAUGGCGAUAAAUUUAAGCGCAUUACUAGAGCUCAUUUUGUAUUUGUUGCUCGGGAUCCUACGAACACAAAAUCGGUCAUUGUUAACAAUUUAGUACCAACAGGAGAGCGAGAAAAACAAAUAUUGCUUCAAUCUGCAAGUAAAUAAUAAUAUACAAAUUAUUAUUUUAUAAUAUAGUUAUAGAAUAUAGUAAUACAUUCAAUGCUGUAUAAAAAAUAAACUAAAACAAUUGUAUAUAGAAAAAAAUGAGGAUAGAAAAAAAGCACGCCAAAAUGCUAUAUUAGAAAAAAUUCCAACCUCUGAAGAACUAUCAUUGAUGUAUGGAACAAUUCUGAAAACUGUUGAUCAAAAUAAACCAAUAAUUGGUAAUACAGUAUUGCCAAAUAAUUGUAUGUGGAUGAAUGAUACAAAAAUGGAAACUAACAACGUUUGCCAUCCUGAAGUAGUUUUAUAAAUAGUGCAAUAUUGUUUUAUGAUAAUUUAAAAUAUUUAUAUAUAUUUUUUUUAAGGAUCGAAAUUUACACUACACUGUUUUUGGAGGUUAUUUGAUGCGUGUAGCAUGUGAACUUGCAUUUCUAGUGGCAAGUAUACACUGCAAAUCAACAGUUGAACUCAAAGCAAUUCAUAAUAUUACGUUCCGUGAACCAGUUCCACUAGGGAGCAGAUUAAAAUUAACAGGGAAGGUAAACCUUAAAUAUAAAAAUUUGGCGGCAACAACCAGAUAAUAUCUCAAAUUUUUAAAAUUGUUUAGGAGGAAUAAUAAACUGUUUUAUAAAUCAACGAAUAAUUUUGAAAAUUAACAGAAAAUAUACUCAGAUACCUUGAAAAUUUAUAAUUUGUAUAAUUAAUAUUAUCAAAAAUAAUUUUUAAAUAUUCAAAAAAAAAUAAAUAAUAAUAAUGUGGAGAUGUCUGGUUUUAUUAAAAAUUAUUUGUUUACUUAUAAUAUAUAAAAAUAAUAUAAUUAUUAUUAUUUUGUUUAAAAUUGUUUUUUAAUCUUGUUCAUAGAUGUGUAAAUAACAUAUUUUAUAUUUUCUUUGUAUAUAUUGUAUAUAUAAAAAAAAUAAAAGACGUAAUCAUAAAUUAAAUACAGUAUGACCAAUGUUUGGUGCAACAACCAGAUAUCUCCUGGAUAUGUAUUGUUAUCCCAACAAAAUUAAAACCAGAUAUCUCCAUUUAUACAAUAACUCUUUAUUUAAUUAUUGGAUUUAUCUGAUUGUUUCACUUAUCAACGUAUAUUUUUUUUGUCAAUACAUAAAGUCAAAAAACUGAUUUUCGCCAAAAUAUUUAUUCACAUUAUUUUUAUUAGAUUUGUUAUACAACUGAUAGAACAAUGAUUGUUCAAAUUAUCGCUGAGGUUGAAGAAAUCACAAGCACAAAAAGUUUUAUGUCAAAUUCAUUUGAUUAUGUGUUUGUUGCUUCGAAAGAUUUUAAAGAAGUGUUACCUCAAGACAGUCAUGGUAAAAAUAAUAAAUUGCAAAAUUAUAUAUGUAUAACUAAAUAAUUAAAAAAAAAAAUUAUUUUUAGAUUCAUUACUUUAUAUUGAUGGGCGUAGACGAUACUGUGAAUUUGUUGACCGUUUGAAAUCAGAAGAUCAUUAA